CAGAAAAUAUCACACAUGAAGAGCCUUAUUACUCUCAUCUUCUUUGCCUCUCUAAUCCAAUUUUCAGUCUUGAAUUUGUCCACUGCAGCUGAUACCAUAUCUGCAUUAGAGUCCAUCAUGGGCUCAGACACCUUGGUUUCUUCCGGCCAAAGUUUCGAAUUAGGACUCUUUUCUGCGGGCAAUUCGAAAACCUGGUAUCUAGGAUUAUGGUACAAAAACUUUCCAAAUACUGUUGUAUGGGUUGCAAACAGAGAGAACCCACUUGCAGGAUCAAAUGGAGCCUUGACAUUAACCAAAAAUGGAAGUUUGGUCCUUCUAGACCAAAUGAACAACACUAUUUGGUCUACCGUUUCUUCCCAAUUAGUAGAAAAUCCUGUUGCACAGCUUUUGGAGACUGGAAACCUUGUUGUCAGAGACAAGGCUGAAACAGGUUCAGAAAACUAUAUAUGGCAAAGCUUCAAUUUCCCAUCAGAUACUCUAUUACCGGACAUGAAGGUUGGAUGGGACUUCAGAACAGGCCUCAACAGAUUCUUGACUUCUUGGAAAAAUGCUAGUGACCCAUCUCUUGGAGAAUAUACCUAUGGGAUCGAUAAUCUGAUGUUGCCUCAGCUUGUUGUUGCCAAAGGAUCAAAGAAAUUGUUCCGUACCGGGCCUUGGAAUGGUAUUCGAUUUACUGGUACUCCUGAUGCUGGGAACGAACGGGUUGUGAAACCAAUCUAUGUGUAUGAUACAAAUGAGUUAUAUUAUAUGUAUGAGGCUACUGAUAGUUCUAUUCUAACAAGAGUGAAGCUGUCUGAAACUGGUUUGUCCCAGCGGCUGGUGCUAAAGAAAGGAACCACUGAAUGGGAUGUUAUGUAUACUUUGCAGAAUGACAGGUGUGACUAUUACAGGGAGUGUGGAGCAAAUGGAAUUUGCAAAACUUCCAAUUCUCCAAGUUGUGAGUGCCUGCAGGGGUUUGUUCCAAAAUCGCAAAACGAAUGGGAUGUGCUUAACUGGGAAAGUGGGUGCAUUAGGCAGACACCACUGGAUUGCCAGAAGGGAGCAGGGUUUUUGAAAGUUCGAAAUAUGAAAUUGCCAGACCUGUUGGAGUUUUGGGUGAACAUGAAAAUGAGUGUGGAGGAAUGUGAGGCAGAGUGCUUGAGGAAUUGUUCUUGUGUAGCUUAUGCUAAUACAGAUAUCCGUAAUGGAGGAAGUGGCUGUCUGAUGUGGUUUGGAGACCUAAUUGAUAUGCGAGAGUUCGUUGAAGAAGAUAGUGAGCAAGAUAUACACAUUAAGAUGCCACUUUCGGAACUUGGUGGUACCGGCAAGAAGGAUAAAAGGAUUAUACUUAUCUUGGUCAUAUCAGCAGUUUCUGUUCUUCCACUUCUAGCUUUGUUAUGCUGGUGUUUACUUAUGAAGAAAAGAGGAAGGAAUGUAUCCACAUCCGCAGGCUCAAGAUCAAUUAAGGAGGACUGGGAGUUGCCACUGUUUGAUUUUGAUACAAUUGCAACCGCCACCAAUAACUUCUCCCACACAAACAAACUAGGAGAGGGAGGUUUCGGUCAAGUUUACAAGGCCAACCUAACCCGAGAAGAAUUCAUAGCUGUAAAGAGACUCUCAAAAGAUUCUGGGCAAGGUAUUGAAGAGUUUAAGAAUGAAGUUACAAUGAUAGCCAACCUCCAACACUGGAAUCUUGUUAAACUUUUGGGCUGCUGCAUUCAAGGAGAAGAAAGGAUGCUUAUCUAUGAGUACAUGCCCAACAAAAGCUUGGACUGCUUUAUUUUCGAUCAAAAUAGAAAGGUGUUGCUGAAUUGGCAAAAGCGAUUGAACAUUAUUAUGGGAAUUGCUCGAGGACUUCUCUACCUCCACCAAGACUCCAGAUUAAGAAUCAUUCAUAGAGACCUUAAGAGUAGCAACAUCUUACUUGAUGAUGAGCUGAACCCCAAAAUAUCUGACUUCGGCAUAGCAAGGAUUUUUGGACGCAAUCAAACCGAAGCAAAAACGAAACGAGUAAUUGGGACAUAUGGAUAUAUGUCCCCUGAGUAUGCAAUUGAUGGAAAGUUUUCGGUGAAAUCCGAUGUGUUCAGUUAUGGAGUGCUUCUGUUAGAGAUAGUAAGUGGCAGAAAGAACAGAGGGUUUCAUCAUCCAGAUCACCAUCACACUCUUCUGGGACAUGCAUGGUUACUGUGGAAUGAAAAUAAGAGUUUGGAGCUAAUAGAUCCUUGCUUGGGGUACUCAUAUGUUGAGUUUGAGGUGCUGAGGUGCAUUCAGGUAGGUCUAUUGUGUGUUCAAGCGCUUCCAAAAGACAGACCAGUAAUGUCAUCAGUGGUUGUCAUGUUAAGCAAUGAAGGAGUAACAUUACCUCAACCAAAGGAGCCAGGAUUCUUUACAGAACGAAGUUCCAUGGACGAUACCAUAAUUGACGAAGGUAGAAGUAGCCAGACAGGAAGCAGUAUUACCAUUUCGACAGUGGAAGCUAGAAAAGGAACACAAAUGAAAGUCCUUGCACUAAUCCUCUCUACCUAUCUACUCCAUUUUUCAGUCUUACAAUUUUCCAGGGCAGCUGAUACAAUCUCUGCAGCACAAUCCAUCACCAGCACUAAUACCUUGGUUUCUUCCGGCCAAAGCUUCGAAUUAGGACUCUUCUCCGCGGGCAAUUCAGAGGCCUGGUAUUUAGGAAUAUGGUACAAGAAUUUUCCAACUAUUGUUGUAUGGGUUGCCAACAGAGAAAAUCCAGUUGCAGAUUCACAUGGAUCCUUGAAAUUAUACAAAAAUGGAAGUCUUGUCCUUUUAGAUCAAAUGAACAAUACUAUUUGGUCUUCCACUUCUUCCCAAGUAGCAGAAGACCCUGUUGCACAACUUUUGGAGAAUGGAAACCUGGUUGUCAGAGAAAAGGAUACAACAGAUUCAGAAAGCUACAUAUGGGAAAGUUUCAAUUUGCCAUCAGACACUCUGCUACCAGAAAUGAAGGUUGGAUGGGACUUCAGAACAGGCGUCAACAGAUUCUUGACUUCUUGGAAAAAUGCUAGUGACCCAUCUCUUGGAGAAUAUACCUAUGGGAUUGAUAAUCUGAUGUUGCCUCAGCUUGUUGUUGCCAAAGGAUCAAAGAAAUUGUUCCGUACCGGGCCUUGGAAUGGUGUUCAAUUUUCUGGUACUCCUGAUUCUGGGAACAAACGAAUUGUGAAACCAAUCUAUGUGUAUGAUACCAAUGAGUUCUAUUAUAUGUAUGAGGCUACUGAGAGUUCUAUUCUAACAAGAGUGAAGCUGUCUGAAACUGGUUUGGCCCAGCGGCUAGUGCUGAAUGAAGGAAGCACUGAAUGGGCUGUUAUGUAUACUUUGCUGAAUGACAGGUGUGACAAUUACAGGGAGUGUGGAGCAAAUGGAAUUUGCAGAACUUCCAAGUCUCCAAAUUGUGAGUGCCUGCAGGGGUUUGUUCCAAAAUCGCAAAACGAAUGGGAUGUGCUUAACUGGGAAAGUGGGUGCAUUAGGCAGACACCACUGGAUUGCCAGAAGGGAGAAGGGUUUUUGAAAGUUCGAAACGUGAAAUUGCCAGACCUGUUGGAGUUUUGGGCAAACACAAAAAUGAGUGUGCAGGAAUGUGAGGCAGAGUGCUUGAGGAAUUGUUCUUGUGUAGCUUAUGCUAGUUCAGAUAGCCGUAACGGAGGAAGUGGCUGUCUGAUGUGGUUUGGCGACCUAAUUGAUAUGCGAGAGUUCCUUGAAGCAGAUGUUGAGCAAGAUAUACACAUUAGGAUGCCAUUUUCGGAACUAGUACAUAAGGUUAGAGGAAUUUUGGCAUGCCUAAAUGUUAUCCAUUACAUAACAGAAUCUUUAGGUAGUACCGGCAAGAAGGACAAAAGGGUUAUACUUAUCUCGGUCAUAUCAGCAGUUUCUGUGCUUCCACUUCUGGCUUUGUCAUGCUGGUGUAUACUUCUGAAGAAGAGAGGAAGGAAUGUAUCCACAUCUACAGGCUCAAGAUCAAUUAAGGAGGACUGGGAGUUGCCACUGUUUGAUUUUAAGACAAUUGCAACCUCCACCAAUAAUUUCUCUCACACAAACAAACUAGGAGAGGGAGGUUUCGGUCCAGUUUACAAGGCCAACCUAACCCGAGAAGAAUUCAUAGCUGUAAAGAGACUCUCAAAAGAUUCUGGGCAAGGUAUUGAAGAGUUUAAGAAUGAAGUUACAAUGAUAGCCAACCUCCAACACUGGAAUCUUGUUAAACUUUUGGGCUGCUGCGUUGAAAGAGAAGAAAGGAUGCUUAUCUAUGAGUACAUGCCCAACAAAAGCUUGGACUGCUUUAUUUUCGAUCAAAAUAGAAAGGUUUUGCUGAAUUGGCAAAAGCGAUUGAACAUUAUCAUGGGAAUUGCUCGAGGACUUCUCUACCUCCACCAAGACUCCAGAUUAAAAAUCAUUCAUAGAGACCUUAAGAGUAGCAACAUCUUACUUGAUGAUGAGCUGAACCCCAAAAUAUCUGACUUUGGCAUAGCAAGGAUUUUUGGACGCAAUCAAACCGAAGCAAAAACAAAACGAGUAAUUGGGACAUAUGGAUAUAUGUCUCCUGAGUAUGCAAUUGAUGGGAAGUUUUCAGAGAAAUCCGAUGUGUUCAGUUUUGGAGUGCUUUUGUUAGAGAUAGUAAGUGGCAGAAAGAACAGAGGGUUUCAUCAUCCAGAUCACCAUCACAGUCUUCUGGGACAUGCAUGGUUACUGUGGAAUGAAAAUAAGGGUUUGGAGCUAAUAGAUCCUUGCUUGGGGUACUCAUAUGUUGAGUUUGAGGUGCUGAGGUGCAUUCAGGUAGGUCUAUUGUGUGUUCAAGCGCUUCCAAAAGACAGACCAGUAAUGUCAUCAGUGGUUGUCAUGUUAAGCAAUGAAGGAGUAACAUUACCUCAACCAAAGGAGCCAGGAUUCUUUACAGGAAGAAGUUCCCUGGACGAUACCAUCAUCGACAAAGGUAGAGGUAGCCAGACAGGAAGCAGUAUUACCAUUUCGACAGUGGAAGCUAGAUAACUGACACAUGGCAACUUGGACUCGUAAUUCGGAUUUAACGCAUUUUGACAUGGAUGCAGAUGAAUUUGCUUGCAAACAGAAAGAAGGGAAUAACCUCAAUGGGAGGUUGAUUCAGAAAAGUAAAAUGUAAAUCUAGACUAACUACUGUUUUACAGAGUAAUGCACGGGCAUCAUAAACAUGUAGUAUUGCAUUGUAAGAGACCGGCCGCCACGAGAUUGAAUAUGGGAGUGGCUAUAGAAUUGUAUUCAAUUGGUCAAAAUAACUAAAGUACUGUAUGUGAAUUAUAUGUUCCUGCUGAAUAUUUUAUGUAACUAUGGUUCCUUUCCUUCCGAGAAGAAUAUCUGAAUUUAAGAA